AGAGAGAGAGGGAGAGGGAGAGAGAGAGAGAGGGGGGGAGAGACUAGCGCAACUCACCUGUAAGAAAGAUGCUUGAGAUUUUCUUAUGCUUAAACAAAUUGGAGGAGCUAGUCUACAACCUAAGCCUAUUUAAAACUGGAACCAGAAGACACGUUCCUUGCCUAUUUUAUACUGCCACAGCAGGCUAAUUGGCUGCCGCUUUUGAUCUCACCAUCCACGUCUUGUGAUAUACUAGGGUACAUAGGCUAUCACCUUAUGUGCUAUAUUUACCCUACCGCAACUGGCAGUAUUUAUCGUACAACCCUCCUCCCCGAGGGAGAAAUCCUACAUGGACAUUUUCAUUCCUACGAGAAUGUGAAAUAUUUUUUUUCUAUCGCAUUGUCUCCAUAUCAUCGAACCGGUCGUCAUAAGAUAGCCCAUGCUACCCAAUAGGAUUACACGUAGGUCAAAACGAGACAAAUCUUCACUGGAGACUGUUCAGGAAUGAUGAUUUGGUGGUCGUCAGAAAGGAUUUGAGGCUUGGUUUUGUUUAUACGUUACGUUUUCCUUCAACGCUUAAAUUCAGAGCCUCUCGAAUUUUGGGGGAAUCCCUCAGUUGCUUUGACAAUGAUAUUCACUUUCGCUGCCUUCUGCUAUAUGCUCUCCUUGGUUCUCUGCGCUUCCUUGAUCUUCUUCGCCAUUUGGCACAUAACAGCCUUUGAUGAGCUGCAGUCAGAUUUCAAAGUCCCUAUUGACCAGGGCAAUCCACACCAUGCGCGUGAAAGGCUCCGGAAUAUAGAAAGAAUCUGUAGUCUUCUGCGAAAGCUGGUCCUCCCAGAGUUUGCCAUUCAUAGCCUUUUUUGCAUCAUGUUCCUUUGUGCUCAGGAGUGGCUGACAGUGGGACUCAAUAUCCCUCUCUUGUUCUACAAUACAUGGAGGUACUUCCAUAGCCCGACUGAUACUAAAGAACUUAUCUAUGACCCUGCCUCCGUCAUGAAUGGGGACACGCUGAGGUUUUGCCAAAAAGAGGCCUGGUGCAAGAUGUCCUUUUUCGUGCUCUCCUUCUUCUACUAUCUGUACUGUAUGAGCUACUCGUUGGUCCCAUCAUAACAGAAGAUCCCUCACCACUGAAGAGAGUUGAUGAAACAUCAGGGAUUGUUUUCUGAAAUGCAAGCAUUACAUAAGCAAUGGAAAUGCUGUUCUUCUGGGAUGGAUAUCCACUUUCGUUGCUCCCUUGAUGAAGUGGAGUCUUUAUAUAUUAUUUUGUAUCUAUUGUUGUUCUUAAAUGAAUGAAUAUAUUCACCGCAUGUUAACCUAAAACAGUAAGAGGGUUGCUCUGAUAUCCUAGGGUAAACGUCGUCCCUGUCCCUUGAGCCUGUGAUGUGAUUCACAUACACUAACUAAAAAUUCAAAUUCAUGCCAGGAGAGAGAUAGGUGAGGACAUAUGCAUUCCAAUGCAAACUGCCAAUAGAUGUAAAUCCACUUAUACCAUUUUUGCUAUAUUGUGUUUGUUAUGAGUAUAGUGUAAAAGUUGUUGGUUAAUCCCAUAGGAAAAUGUAAGUUCUUCACAAUGGAUAUUUUAUAGCUCAGGAGACCUAAAUGUAAUCUCAUUGUUUCAAUUUAAUCACAGAUAUUUCUCCUAAAAUUCUUAGGAGAAACAGUUUGAGACAGAAAUGAGAUAAGGCACUUUCUGGUACAAAUCCGCCAUAAUUGACAAAAAAAGAUCUAGCUACCGCCCUCCACAACAGCAAGCAUAUUGUUACAUUUGCGAGACAUAUCGUAAACAAGUCUGGUUCGCCUCGAGAUAAGGAGUUGUUCAGUGAUGCUGAAUAUUGAAACUUCGUUGACAAGUAGCCUAAAACUGCUACACAGACAUAGUGAGCUGCACAGUGCAAACAUGGCAGUCUCACACUGCACAGCAGUCUAAUGGACUUGUAAUUAUUAUUCUAUGCUAUUGGGAGUGAAAAUCUGUGAGAUUUAGUGUCACGUAGGUGAGAUAUGAGAAAUGUUGAAAAUCCGCUAAUAAAACAAGACUUGACCAGUAUGGUCCUGGUCUAAGAUGCAGAGUACAGAGAGGAACAGCCAGAGGAAGCAUGACAGAGAGAGGGAAGAGAGUGGCUGGCCAUUGAUUGUCACAAAAUGUAAUAAACUCUUCUAAAACGGGUUUCUAUUCGAUAAGAUACCUAAUAGCUAGGGAUGGGCUUGUGUAACAUUACUCUACUUAGACGUAAUUAUUUGGACUUACAGUGCCCUCCACAAUUAUUGGC